AUGGGUCUGCAAGUAGCCGCUAUGUCUCAUCAGUUGGAGAUUGCAAGUCUGGGAAGGCCCUUCCAGCUGGGAUCUCUAUACGACAGAAUAACGGACAGCCUCGUUGCUGGCGUCACCUUGUGGAACACCGCAACUCUGAAUAAAUGUCGGCAAGUUUCGGAGACGGAAUCCUGCGAAACAGAGAUCAUCGUCGAGGACACCUUCCAGAAGAUGACAUCCGCCUUCAAAGUCGACGGAAACCUCAAGCUCAGUUUCCUCUUGGGAUUGGUCGAAGUGUCAGGUUCCGGAAAUUACCUUCGAGAUCGGAAGCUGUCUUCUCAUGAAGCCCGCGUUGACUUCCACUUCAAAUCAACUAGUAAAUUUGAAGCCCUGUCGAUGGAGCACCUGUCGUGCAAGAAAGUCCAGUUUCCAGACGUCCUUCAAAAAGGCAUUGCAACCCACGUCGUUGCCGGUAUUCAGUACGGGGCAGAUGCAUUUUUCGUUUUUCGUCACGAUGUGUCCUCUUCCGAAGGAAAACGAAACUCUGAGGUCGAACUGAAACUGAAGAUCAGCGAGAUUUUUCGACCGAUUCUCUCCAAAUUCGUUGCCAUCGAACCCCAUCUGGGGAAGAUGAACAAGACACAAGCGGAAGGAGGACGAACUCGCAUGACUUGCACAUAUCACGGCGACAUAGGGUUGGCAAAGACUCCAACCACCGUAGAAGAAGCCAUCGAGACGUAUAAGAUCCUCCCGGAGCUAGCUCGCCAGAAAUGCGUCCCGAAGACGAUUUACCUCCUUCCCCUUCACACUCUGUUCGAUCGGUCCAUGAGGAUGGUUCGAGAAAUUGGCGGCGGCAUUACGAAUGACGUGGAGACUCUUUUGGAAGGCUUGCAUGAACUGAACGUCAGAGCCAACGAUCUAGCAGCGUCACCCCUUUGCGAUAAAUUCCCUGGAAUGCGAACUCAAUUGAAAAAGUUCAACUUUCUCCUGGAUCUAUUCCGGCGGAACUUCCAAGAAAGUCUCCUUCCCUUGGUUAAAACCGUCCGAGCGUCAGACGACGAUGAAGACAUUCUUUCUAAUUUUCUCAAAGAGCAAGCUUCAUCACCAUUUCAGUAUAAGAAACUUUCGAAUUGGCUGCAUGUCAAGGAAGCCGAGGUUAGAGUAAUUGAGAAAUACAUGGAACGCUUGCAAGGAGUCAGAAUGGCCUUCAGUCCUCCUGAAUUCGAAUCCGUCAUCCAUGACCUUACCUUCCGCUUCGUCGUCUGCUUCAAGUUCAAGUGCAUCCCGGACAAAGACUCAUAUCUGCACGAGAUGUCUCGUUACUUAAGGCCAAAGGAAAAAGUGAGAUCCCCUCCAGGCGCGUUCCCCAAAAAGUGGUAUAAGAAUGAAGAGGCAGUAAAGGGACUGAGAGAGGCUACCAAAUACUUUUUUGGCCUCUUCAAAGCUUGCAGACAAUCGAACGAUAUCCAGUUCGUGGUGACGCAGAAGAUACCUGCUGCAUGGAGUAGCUCCCUUUGCAAGAUCGUCUGCUACAUGGAUGGAAUACUGGAGACUUUUCUUCCUCCUGGAAGACCUGGAAUUCCAAGAGCUCUAAAGAAGAUGGGCGACUAUAUCAAGUUGACAUGGGACCCCCCUGUGCGCGGAGCAGAGUCCAUCCAGGGAUAUUUAGUUUCGUACAAAGCAGAUGGUUCCGAAGAAUGGGAUACGUGCAAGGUUCAAACCAACUCCUCAAAGACCACUGUGGGUGGCCUACGGUCCAACACGAAGUAUGUCUUCAAGAAGAUCGAACGCUGCCUCAAUAUUCAGGAUGCGUAA